UGUGCAAGCGCGGGGCUGCAGCGGCGGCCGCCGGGGGAGGGCGGGGAGGCGCGCACGGCGCACACCCGGUGAACUCCGGCGAGCGUGCCUUCCCCGGGGGUUAUCUCCAGGGUGGAGUCCGCGGCGUUCCCGCCUGGAGAGCCGCGCACCGGUCACCCGAGGCCCGGCGCCCUCGCUCACCUCGCUGACUCCAUCCUGUUUCCACCCCCACCCCCCCGGGUCCCUCGUCCCUGCGGGCCUGGCCAGCCGCAACCCACUCCACCCCACUUAGCGAGCUCAUUGGCCACCCGAGUCCUACCCUGUCUCCAUAAAUACAUGGUCCCCGGGCAUGGAGAGGGACAGGAGGAAAGCGCAGCGCCAGCAUCUCUUCUGCUCUCCCGGACACCUCCACUUCGCCGCUCCAGAGCUGGAAGCCAGACUUGCAACCAACAGGCGGACUCACAUCCUUUAAUUUCCUCUGCCGAGAGACACCCAACUCUCGGCUGCGCUCCUCCAGCCCCUGCGGCCAGCGCUCGGCGGACAUCCGCUCCCUGAGGCUGCCGCGCGGUGCAGCGUGGAGCAUCCUCGCCGAGGUCCUUUCUGCUCUCUGUCCCUCUUCCGUCCUCUCCGUCACACCUGCCGCUCCUCUUUGCCUCUCUUUCCCAGAAUCGUCAAGCCCCCAGAUCCCGCCGGCGCCUCUUUAGCAACCUCGCCCUUCCCAGUCCCCGCACAUUCGCAAGCGCCUGGUCUCCCCCGCUGCCAUGAGCUCCCCCAUCAGCAAGAGCCGCUCCCUCGCGGCUUUUCUGCAGCAGCUGCGCAGCCUGGGGCAGCCCCCCAGACCCGUGACAUCUACGGCGUGCGCGCCCCGUCGGCCGCCGGAGGUGCCCCUCUGCCCCAUGAUGGAACGGGGCGAGGCGCAGGACGCGGCCAGUCUGCCCGGUCCCACCAAAUGGCCACUGCUGGGCAGCCUGCUAGAGAUUCUCUGGAAAGGAGGGCUCAAGAAACAGCACCACACUCUGGCGGAGUACCACAGGAAGUACGGCAAGAUUUUCCGCAUGAAGUUGGGUUCCUUCGACUCAGUGCACCUGGGCUCGCCGUGCCUGCUAGAAGCCCUGUACCGCACCGAGAGCGCGUACCCUCAGCGGCUGGAGGUCAAACCAUGGAAGGCGUAUCGCGACUAUCGCGAGGAGGGCUACGGGCUGUUGAUCCUGGAAGGAGAAGACUGGCAGAGGGUCAGGAGUGCCUUUCAAAAGAAACUAAUGAAACCAGUGGAAAUUAUGAAGCUGGACAACAAAAUCAAUGAGGUCUUGGCUGAUUUUAUGGGUAGAAUAGAUGAGCUCUGUGAUGAGAGAGGCCGCAUUGAAGACUUGUACAGCGAGCUGAACAAAUGGUCAUUUGAAAGCAUCUGCCUUGUACUAUAUGAGAAGAGAUUUGGGCUCCUUCAAAAGAACGCAGGGGAUGAAGCUUUGAACUUCAUCAUGGCCAUCAAAACAAUGAUGAGCACAUUUGGGAGGAUGAUGGUCACGCCGGUCGAGCUGCACAAAAGCCUCAACACCAAGGUCUGGCAGGCGCACACGCUGGCCUGGGACACCAUCUUCAAAUCAGUCAAAUCUUGUGUCGACAGCCGGUUAGAGAAGUACGCUGGGCAGCCCAGCGUGGAUUUCCUUUGUGAUGUUUAUCGCCACAAUCAGCUUUCAAAGAAGGAACUGUACGCGGCCGUGACGGAGCUCCAGCUGGCUGCGGUGGAAACGACAGCAAACAGCUUAAUGUGGAUUCUCUACAAUUUAUCCCGCAACCCCCACGUGCAACAAAAGCUUCUUAAGGAAAUUCAGAGUGUAUUGCCUGAGAAUCAGAUGCCACGAGCAGAGGAUUUGAGGAAUAUGCCAUAUUUAAAAGCCUGUCUGAAAGAAUCUAUGAGGCUUACCCCAAGUGUGCCAUUUACGACUCGGACUCUUGACAAAGCAAUGGUUCUGGGGGAAUAUGCCUUACCCAAAGGAACAGUGUUGAUGCUAAAUACCCAUGUGUUGGGAUCCAGUGAAGAAAAUUUUGAAGAUUCAAAUCAGUUCAGACCCGAACGAUGGCUUCAAGACAAGAAAAAGAUCAACCCUUUUGCCCAUCUUCCAUUUGGCAUUGGGAAAAGAAUGUGCAUUGGUCGCCGAUUAGCCGAGCUCCAGCUCCACCUGGCUCUCUGCUGGAUCGUCCGCAAAUACGACAUUGUGGCCACGGACCACGAACCUGUGGAGAUGCUGCACUUGGGCAUCCUGGUGCCCAGCCGGCAGCUCCCCAUCGCAUUCUGCCAGCGAUAAGAGGCCUCAGAUUCACCGCUGGAAUCUUCACUUCUCAAAAGUUUACAUUUCACAAUGAAAGACCGACCAUCGCUGGACUGUGGGGGGCUUGGCAUAAUAUUGCGACUCAUUUAUUGUAACUGUUUAAUAUAAUAUUUGGAGAAAUACUGCUUAAUAAUGGAAACAAAACUAAAUGUUGGUUAAAGUCAUCAGGUCCCUAUGAAACUGUAUUUUUUUCCUGUUUUGAAUUAGAAACAUUACUGGAAAAUUAGAGAAAACCUCUAUGUGAAGAAGUACUUUCAUAAAGUCAAAACCUCCUGUCUAAGAAUGCCUUAAUGAUUUACUGUGGCAUCAUUGUGUUAAAGGAUCCUGAAAUUAUUUAAUUAUGGCACUGAGUCUAGUCUAUGGCUUUAAGAAGGGAUCACCAGUUUUUAUUUUUUAUUUUUAUUUUGAAUAGUUUUUAAAUUGUGUGUACAUGUAUUCCAAUGGCAAUUUGCUUACAUCAUUUUUUAGUAUAUAUAUAUGAUGCUUGAUUUAGGAUCUGAAAUUUAGGGCAAUGGUCUAAAGUUCAGUCAUGGCUUAAAAAUAUUUAGUGACUUCCCAUGCCUUAAUUUUCCCAGCUAUAGAAUGGGUCAGUUGUAAAGUGUGUAUACAUUAUGUAUUAACUACAUAACCCAUGUUAUGUGAUUUGAACUCCUUGGGAAAUUGUGAUUUCAUACAUGGAAAAUGCACAUAGAUUUAAGCAAUACUUAUAAAACUUUCUUAAAAACUGUGUUUACAUAUAGUUAAUUUGCACAUGUUUUUACCAGUACUUUUCCUAAAAGCAUACUAUAUAUUUCUGUAUAUUUGGUAAAGAUUUCUCUUUUUAGGUUAUAUUUUUAGAUUACUUCAGAAGUAUACAUUUAUAUCUUUAUAUUUGAACAAAUAUGUACAUAUCACUAGAAUAAGUAUAUGCUUUCUCCCUGCUGUGAAAUUCUUUUUAGAAUUAUAAGUCCGCACAUGUUGUCAGAUUUCAACUGUAUAUCUUCUUUGAAUUCUCUGAAAGUAAGA